AAGCCGGGAGGCAGGAGAGGAACUGAAAGAAAUCCAGGCCUUGGAGUCCAAUUAAUCUCUUCAUCUUCUUGUGACACAUCUCUGCCCUGUGUAGAGACAUGGGUUUAGAACCUAAAUUCUGCUAAAUUCCCAGGGCCUCUGUAGGUAUUCCCUUUGGCAUAUGACCUUGUGUUUUCUCAGUAAGUCAGUCAAAAGGAAUUAGUGAUUUAUUUCAGCAAUAAUGUCAACCUCUUUCUUCAUUAAACUUAUUUUUUCAGAUUCACAUAGAAGCUAUAACAUUAGAGUCUCUUCUACCCUAGGUGAUAACAUCCUCCAUAACAUAGUACAAGGACCAAAAUAGGGAAUUGCCAUUGGUAAAAUACUGUUAACUGAACAACAGACUUUAUUUGGAUUUUGCUAGUUUUUACAUACCCUCAUUUUUCCCCCUGUAUUGUUCUAUGGAAUUUUAAUACAUGCAUAGUCUUGUAUAGCUGACACCACAGUCAGGAAUAGAACUGUUCCAGUGAAACCUAUCACUGCAGAGGAGCUCCCUUGGGCCACCCUUGAUGGUCACAUCUUACUCCCAGUCCUACCUGCUAUUUUUCAAGGCAGUAUUCCCAAGGUUCAUGAUCAGGUAACUGUGCUGAUUUUUGGAAUGGAAACUGAGCGGCAGAGUGGAAAGUGUCUUGACACCUUAUCUUCAGCCAAAAUGUAUAAGCUUGCUGCUGAGCGUGUACAGGGCAGGUCAGUUCUGCCUCAGCCAAUAUUCUGGUGGACAGAAGAUUCCUCUGGGGUAAAAUAACCAUGAUGUUGCCACCAUUUCAUGAGAACUUCCUGGAGAUAGGGUCUGUGCUGUUGCUGUACAAGCAGGCCUACCUUUAAUCCUCCCAACAACCUGGCUAGUAAGUACUACGAGAAGGAGGCCCUUCUGAUGGACCCCGUGGAUGGCCCCAUCCUUGCAUCUUUGUUGGUGGGGCCCUGUGCCCUAGAGUACACCAAGAUGAAGACUGCGGAUCACUUCUGGACUGACCCCUCGGCCGACGAGCUCGUGCAGAGACACCGCAUCCACAGCUCGCACCUACGGCAAGACUCACCCACCAAGCGGCCGGCCCUCUGUAUCCAGAAGAGGCAUUCGAGUGGCAGCAUGGACGACCGACCAUCCCUUUCUGCCCGUGACUAUGUGGAGUCCCUGCAUCAGAACUCCAGGGCCACACUGCUCUAUGGCAAGAACAACGUUCUGGUUCAGCCGAGGGAUGAUAUGGAGGCUGUGCCAGGGUACCUGUCCCUGCACCAGACAGCUGAUGUCAUGACCUUGAAGUGGACGCCGAACCAGCUAAUGAAUGGGUCGAUGGGGGACCUGGACUAUGAAAAGAGCGUCUACUGGGACUAUGCCAUGACCAUCCGCCUAGAGGAGAUUGUGUAUCUGCACUGCCACCAGCAAGUGGACAGCGGCGGGACAGUGGUGCUGGUCAGCCAGGACGGGAUCCAGAGGCCGCCCUUCCGCUUCCCCAAGGGAGGACACCUCCUGCAGUUCCUCUCGUGCCUGGAAAACGGGCUGCUCCCUCAUGGGCAGCUGGACCCUCCACUCUGGUCUCAGCGGGGAAAGGGCAAAGUAUUUCCCAAGCUGCGCAAGCGAAGCCCUCAGGGUUCCGCCGAGUCCACGUCUUCAGACAAGGAAGAUGACGAGGCCACAGAUUACGUGUUCAGGAUCAUCUACCCCGGCAUGCAGUCUGAAUUUGUCCCCCAGGACCUAAUGGAUGUCUCCGUGAGCAACCUACCACCCCUAUGGCAACCCAGCCCCCGGAAAUCCUCCUGCUCGUCCUGCUCACAGAGUGGCUUGGUCGACGGCGGCUCAUCCAAUGGCUGCAACCAUGAGAGGGCCCCGCUGAAGCUCCUCUGUGACAACAUGAAGUACCAGAUCCUUUCCAGAGCCUUCUAUGGAUGGCUUGCCUACUGCAGGCACCUGUCCACUGUGAGGACCCACCUGUCAGCCCUGGUCAAUCACAUGAUUGUGUCUCCGGAUUCACCCUGCGAUGCUGGGUGCGGGCUGACGGCCAGGAUCUGGGAGCAGUACCUUCAGGACAGCACGAGUUACGAGGAACAGGAGCUGCUACGCCUUAUCUACUAUGGGGGUAUCCAGCCAGAGAUCCGCAAGGCCGUGUGGCCCUUCCUCCUGGGCCACUACCAGUUUGGGAUGACAGAAACAGAACGGAAGGAGGUGGAUGAGCAGAUUCACGCGUGCUAUGCACAGACCAUGGCCGAAUGGCUGGGCUGCGAGGCGAUCGUGAGGCAGAGGGAGCGGGAGUCCCAUGCAGCUGCCUUGGCUAAGUGCUCAUCGGGGGCCAGCCUGGACAGCCACCUGCACCAGAUGAUGCACCGGGACUCCACCAUCAGCAACGAGUCUUCCCAGAGCUGCAGUUCCGGCCGCCAGCAUGUCCGCCUGCAGAGUGACUCCAGCACCAGCACACAGGUGUUUGAGUCUGUAGAUGAAGUGGAACAGGUAGAGGCAGAAGGCAGGUUGGAGGAGAAACAGCCCAAGAUCCACAAUGGGAGCCUGGCGAAUGGCACCUGUUCCCCGGACUCUGGCCAUCCCUCUUCCCACAACUUCUCCUCGGGCCUCUCAGAGCACUCGGAGCCCAGCCUGAGCACAGAAGACAGCGUCAUGGACGCCCAGCGGAACACCCCCCUGGCGCGUCGACCCGGGGACAGCAGCGUGGAUGAUGGGCAGAGCAGCGAGGCCACCACCUCCCGAGAUGAGGCCCCCCGCGAGGAGCUGGCUGUGCAGGACAGUCUGGAGAGCGACCUCCUCGCCAACGAGAGCAUGGACGAGUUCAUGUCCCUCACCGGCAGCAUGGACGUGGCCCUGCCCGAGAAGGAGGGGGCCGCCAUGGAGCGCUGGGGGGGCAGCGAGGUGGAGAAGCACAGCCAGGUGGACAGCGAAGACAACCUCUCAGAAGAGCCUGAGAUGGAAAGCCUCUUUCCCGCCCUGGCUUCUCUGGCCGUGGCCACGUCCGCCAACAACGAGGCGUCGCCUGUGUCUUCCAGUGGCGUCACUUACUCUCCGGAGCUCCUGGACCUGUACACGGUGAACUUGCACCGCAUCGAGAAGGACGUGCAGAGGUGUGACCGCAACUACUGGUACUUCACGCCCGCCAAUCUGGAGAAACUGCGGAACAUCAUGUGCAGCUACAUCUGGCAACACAUUGAGACCGGCUAUGUCCAGGGCAUGUGUGACCUCCUGGCUCCACUGCUGGUCAUCCUGGAUGACGAGGCCCUUGCCUUCAGCUGCUUCACGGAGCUGAUGAAGCGGAUGAACCAGAACUUCCCCCACGGAGGUGCCAUGGACACGCACUUUGCCAACAUGAGGUCUCUGAUCCAGAUUCUGGACUCAGAGCUCUUUGAGCUGAUGCAUCAGAACGGGGACUACACCCACUUCUACUUCUGCUACCGCUGGUUCCUGCUGGAUUUCAAGCGAGAACUUGUCUAUGAUGACGUCUUCUCUGUCUGGGAGACCAUUUGGGCAGCCAAACACGUCUCAUCCACCCACUAUGUCCUCUUCAUCGCGCUGGCUCUGGUGGAGGUCUACCGGGACAUCAUCUUGGAGAACAAUAUGGACUUCACGGACAUCAUCAAAUUCUUUAACGAAAUGGCCGAACGGCACAACACCAAACACGUCCUGAAGCUGGCCCGGGACCUCGUGUACAAGGUGCAGACUCUGAUCGAGAACAAGUGAGGGCCUGCUCCCCUGGGCCGUGUCCGCCAAGCUGCCAUCCGCCUGCCCAGCCCACUUUUCACUCCCGGCUUCCCCGGGAGCGAGGUCCCGGUGUCUGUUCAUGAGCGUGGACUUCUGUGCAAAGAGAAACUACCCCAACUUUGGCCACCCAGGCAGGUGGGGUCGAGGGGUUGCCCCUUCAGCUUAGCCUUACGUUUUCCCAUUUGACCAAAGAUUGUUUGAGUCUGGGAUUCCUCCCUUGUGGGAGUCGGGGUGUGUCAGUAGUGGUUGGAGGGAGCCUUUUCGUGGCUGGCCUCCAGAAGGGUCGCCUCUCUUAUUCUGUCCCAAUGCCUCCAAGUUGUUCUGUCAGAUAAGACUUGGGGAGGGAAUUUUUGGGGGAAUUGGUGUAGGAGAGGUCCAUGGGACUACCUCUGUGCUCUGAAAGGGGCCUUUGGAGAACAGAACAUGGCUGGAAGUUUAGCUUAGAGCAGUUUUUGUACCUUGGCACUAUUGACACUGGAGCUGGAUAACUCUUUUCUGUGGGGGCUGUGUAUUAUAGGGUGUUGAGCAGGAUCCUGGCCACUACCUGCUAGAUGCCAGUAGGGCCCCCUCCCCCAACCAGUUCU